UUUUAAUAUCGGUUUCCCUUUCCUUUUCGUUUCCCUUUGCCCCUGCUCCUCUUCGGCUAGCACAUUGGACCCAUACUGAGCUUGAGCCUCUGAUGUACUACUCCGUAAUACCUGUUGAACGUGUGACCGCUGUCUCCUACAAGAAUCAUGGAACUCCAGGCAGAAGAGUUCCACCAUCCUUAUUCGCCAUAUGACAUUCAGCUCCAGUUCAUGCGGGCCUUGUACUCUUGUAUCGAAAAUGGUAAAGUCGCUGUCUUUGAGUCCCCUACUGGUAAGUUGGCCUUUCGUUUUGAAUUGAGGCUCUUCUGACGCCCCUGGUGAUAUAGGCACUGUGAGUUAAACUUUGGACUAGUUGUUGAUUCUACUUCCAUUCUUGGUGGAUAUCUGCCGUUGUAGAAGUAACCAAAUGUAGAUUAGCGAAAGACUAAAUAUCAUGCUGACAAUGAGCACUUGUUCAAUUACUGAGACUUGUCUGCACCAGGGAAAAUCUUUGAGCAUAAUAUGCGGCUCUUUGACUUGGCUACGAGACCAUCAACGCAAAGUUUUCCAGGAAACUGUCAACAACACUACAUGUGAUGACAGUGAACCGGAAUGGAUGCUGGAGUAUGCAAAACGGGAAUCCAGUCGCGCUAUUUCGGAAAAAAGGAAAGAACUUGAGGUACGAUUGGCAAAAGCAAGAAGUAACGAAGAGAAGCAAAAAGUUGCUUUGGAGAACUCGAGCGGACCGCGCAAACGACAGAAGCUCGAUGUGCCUUCUAGGGCUUCAGAUGCACAGACCGAGGAUAAUUUCGCAUUGGAUGAGUACGACAGCGAAGGCGAAGAGAAGAGUUCCUCACAGAAACAGACUGAUUAUUCAAGUGGCCUUUCCACUGGCACGCUAGAGUUAUUGAAACGUUUCCAACACAAAUCCUCGGCACAUUCCAGACAAGACGAAGAUUAUGGGGAUGAAGAUAUCAAGAUAUUUUACUGCUCGAGGACACACUCCCAAUUAACACAAUUUGCAAGCGAAUUACGAAGAGUCAAUAUACCUUCGAGCAUACCGAAGGACUUUUGUGAAGGACUGGCGGACCCAGAUGGACUCCAGGAAGGUGUGAGGUACUUAUCCCUCGGGUCUCGGAAAAAUUUGUGCAUAAACCCUCGAGUGUCUUCCUUGGAUAAUGUAACAGCAAUCAGUGAACGCUGCUUAGAUAUGCAGCAGCCAGGUGUUACUGCAGAACAGAAAUGCCCGUUCCUACCGUCAAAUGAGAAUGAGGCGCAGGUUUUACAGUUUCGGGAUCACGUACUAGCCACAGUUAAGGAUAUCGAGGAUAUAGGGAAAUUAGGGAAGAAUAUUGGAAUAUGUCCCUACUACGCGUCCCGCUCAGUCACCAAGCAUAGUGAGAUCGUGACGCUUCCGUAUCCCUUGUUACUUCAGCGGUCAGCUAGAGACGCUCUUGGUCUAUCCAUAAAGGGUCAUGUCGUUGUUAUUGACGAGGCUCAUAAUUUGAUGGACGCUAUAUCCAACAUUCAUUCGGUAACAAUCACACUCUCGGAGCUGCAAACCUCUAUAUUCCAGUUGACAACAUACGCACGAAAGUUUAAAACUCGACUGAAAGGAAAGAACCGAAACUAUAUCGCACAGGUUAUCCGACUUGUCACCUCGAUCACUGACCACCUCAAAACAAUUCUCGAAAGAAGUCAAGCUCCCGAAGGUCCUGUUCAGCCAUCAGAUCUCAUGUCUGGGAAAGGCGUCGACCAGAUCAACCCUUACAAGUUAUGUCGAUAUUUACAUGAGAGUAAGCUAGCGAGGAAGGUUGAUGGUUAUGCCGAAUUCUCCCGAGAGCAAGCAGACCGUCAAGCAGACAGAAAGCCUUCAACACCGGUCUUAUUCCAUAUACAGAGCUUUCUCCUACCAUUGAUGAACCUCUCAGCAGAAGGUAAACUGUUCUAUAUAAAGGCCCAGGGUGAUAUUCAGUUAAAAUAUAUGCUCCUCGACCCAAUGAAUCAAUUUCGCGAAAUUGUUGAUGAUGCAAGGGCUGUUAUAUUAGCUGGUGGAACUAUGUCACCUAUGACGGACUACAUAAACCAUUUGUUCCCGUACGUGCCGUCGAGUCGCCUGGACAUCUUUAGUUAUGGUCAUGUCAUUCCCCCAGAGAAUUUAAUCGCACAAGUCCUAGGUAAAGGGAUUACAGGUACAGAAUUCGACUUCACCUUUGAUACACGGGAUUCAGAACGGAUGGUAGUUGACCUGGGACGAACUAUGGCUGCUCUGUGCCAGGUUAUUCCAGAUGGUGUUGUUGCCUUUUUCCCAAGUUAUGACUAUCUAAGUCGAGUGUUGAGCAUAUGGAAAAGACCCCUUGCAGGAGAGAAGAAUCGUACUGUUUAUGACGUGAUUGAGCAGAAAAAGACUAUUCUGCAUGAGUCACGAGAUAUGACUAUGAGCAUUGAGGGGCUUUUGCAAGAAUAUGCAAGUAUUGUUGGGUCAGGACGAGGGGCCUUACUUCUUUCCGUGGUAGGUGGGAAGUUGUCAGAGGGUAUCAACUUUUCUGACAGGUUGGGAAGAGGUGUGUUGAUUGUUGGCUUGCCCUUUCCAAAUAUACGCAGUGCGGUUUGGCAAGCAAAGAUCCAGUAUGUUGAACAAAAAGCCUACAAGGAGAACUCGGGCUCCGAGGCAAACCGGCAGUUGGCCGCAAAAGCUGCGGGAAAGGAUUUCUAUGAGAACUCCUGCAUGCGGGCAGUCAAUCAGUGUAUUGGGAGAGCUAUUAGACAUCGUAAUGAUUAUGCUGCCAUCGUUUUGAUGGAUAGACGUUACGAUAAACCCGCUAUACAAGGGAAACUGCCCGCUUGGAUAAAACAGAGCAUGGCGAGCAGUUCCACUCUGCGGCCAGCUAGAGCAACAGUAGGUAGUCUUUCGAAGUUCUUUGUGGCACAACGGACCAAUCAAGCAUAAUAAAAAUUAAUUUACACAUGCUUAAUACGAAGGCUUCUAAGAAAUUAUUGGUCUUUCAUCUUUUCGAGUACUAGAUACAAAACGAUGCGAAUCACGUGGUUAAUGCCAAGACGGGGAGGG